AUGGCAUACGUAGAAUGUAAAAUAUGGCCUUUUUCAGAUGAAAUAAGUCAUCAAGAAACGCGUUACAAAGCAAUAGAACUGGGACAUGAACACCACGCAGUCAAGGCAUUGAUUGAUACAUCAUCUAGCAAAAAUUUUAUUAGCAAAAGCUUGGCCGAUAAGCUUGAAGAAAUUGAAGAAAAAUACGGUAAUAAUUAUAAGAAUCAAAGAGUGAAAAACUCGUUAGGUACUAUAAGAUGCCUAGAUUUAUCUUUCAGAUACAAGGAAAAAGAAAGACUGGUAUCUAAAAGCGAUACAGGCUUAAAUGAUUUUGAGGUUGUUAAAGACCGUUAUCUAAAAGCUAAUCUCAUUUUAGGUAUACCAUGGUUAUGGCUACGUGAAGCAAAAACAGAUAUGAAGAAAAAGGGAAAAAGAGAAAAGCACAUACUAAACUAA